AUGUCUCAACACACUGUCCGGUCUCAAAGUCCCCUCGCUGCCCCGGCUGAGAUCCUUGCCCCAGCAACCCCAAUCCGUCGGGCGACUUUGUCUCCGUCACCAGAUCUCAGCGCUGCUGUCAAGGACCGUUCCUCCCAGUCAGACAAGAAGUUCCUGUCUCCACCCCCUCUGUCUUCCUCCGACAUGACUCCGCCGCCUUCAACUCAGAUUCCCGGGGCACCGCUACGCCGGUCUCACUCGCGCUCUCUCAGCCCCUCCCUUAUCACACCAGCCAACCUGGACAAGUCCCUUUGCGACGCCUAUGGGGCGUCUGAAAACCUCCCAACUCUCGAACAGAUCGACAACGCUACCGAGGCUCAACUGCGUUCCAUGGCCAAAGAUCUGCUGGCCGUGGCUCAAGAGGCUCGUAUGUCUGCACUGCACUUCAAGCUCCAAAACAGUCUGGUUUCGUUUGCCAGCAAUGAAGCAGUCAAGCGCGCGGAGGUCGAACACCAGCUCGCCAAGCGCGAGGUUGAGAUCCUACAGAGUGCAGAAUACCGCAGUCGCUCGCGCCCCGCUGAACCCAUGACGCCUCGACAUUCCCAGUCAGUCUCGACUGAGGAUUACCUGACUACGGUCCACCGCUUGCAAGAGCUGGAGAGUGUGAAUGCUGUCUUGGAUCGACGACUUCGCCACGCGAAGCGAGCCAUUGACGAUGCGACAGCCAGAUCAUUCGAGUUGACAGAGCAGAAUGACAUGCUGAAGAGACGUAUUGCAGACAAUCGCAUUCAUUUUUCUCAGAUCUACAACAACGGUUGUUUCUCACCAAACAUGCAGAAUGAGCUGCACACGAUCUGUCGAGGCGAACAUACCGAUGGUCUUGCGGCGCUUCUCUUCGCUGACAAGUUUACCAACCGCAUCCAUGAAUCUCACAGUUCCUAUGGCACGCACUCUUCACUCCCUGUGACUCCCAAUCAGCCGCGCUCCGCAGGCCAGGAUCGUUCCUAUCUGACUCCCGCUCGCAAUGCGCGUGACCAAUAUGACACUGAUAGUACGGUCUCUCUCUCAGCUCCCGAGUCCGAGGACGAAGAGCUGGGAGCCCAUCACCCCCACAUGCGAACCACUGUCCCGAAGACCAGCACUCUACUGCAGACGAAGCUGUUCGGUCAAGUGAAAAAGCCUGGUGUGGAUCGAGUUCAAACCACCAAGCGCAAAGCCAAUUCUAGUGAGAGCACUCCAGCCACAAAGAGAUCUAGGACCAACGCUGGAGUGGGUCUAGGCAUCGAAACCUAA